CAAAAAAAAUGCUGUUGCCAUGCACCUUCCUGCUAUAAAUUCUUGUCUUGCUCUUGCUGGGACAAACACUACACCUCUGUGGACCCCAAUGAAGCACUAUGCUCUGAUUUUGGUAGCUCAGACUCAGAGGCUGAAGACAAAGAUAAUUCCUAG